AUGUCGUCGCCUUUUCUCCCCCUAUCCUCUUCUCCCGAUUCGCCUUUACGCCCUCGACGACCGAGUCUGGACCCCGAGCGCGAAAUCCUCUCCACUCGCGGUCAGCGCUUGAUGAACUUUUUGCCUACGCGCGCGUCGAGUUUAGCCCUCAAUGAUAUGGAUGAUGACCUAUCAGAGCGUCUAUUUCUGCGUCGUGGAUCCUUCUUGAUUGGACGCAGCAAUCCUCGCUAUGAGUGCCGGCAAUAUUACGAACGUACCAACGGUCUCAUCUCUCAAUACCUCUACAUUGAUCGCUUGCUCGACUCCUCGCUGCCUCAUAACUUGAUUGAGGACUAUGACGAAACCCAUCCCGAAAGUCCGACCGAGCAGCCUCAAGCCAAUAAUGUCGAUGCCGAGGAGGCCAAUGCCAAAAUUGGGAGAAUCAAGCGCACACCUCAUAACCUCUAUCGAAUCCCCGAUGAGACAACUCCUCUGGUCUCUGCCCCGGAAGAAAGUCACAACUGCCAAGAGCCAUUCCCCGAUCUCGAAUCACACGGUGGUAUGGCGCCUGAUGAUGAGGAGCGCAUCAUCAAUAUCGCCAUCCGUAUCAACUUCAUCGCCAAUGUCGCCCUCCUAGCCUCCAAGAUUGCCAUUAUGGCAAUGACGGACUCCAUGUCCAUGCUGGCAGGCCUAGUAGAUGGAAUCUUGGACUUUCUCAGCACGGUCAUCGUGUGGGUGACCACCAUCAUGAUCCGCCGCCAAGACCGCAACAGGUAUCCGAUCAGCCGUCGACGGCUCGAGCCCGUCAGCGUGCUGAUCUUUUCAGUGAUCAUGGUAACAUCCUUUUUCCAGGUCGCGUUGUCCUCCGUCAAACAGCUGAUGGGCGAUGACCACACGGUUGUUAAACUCUCCCUACCAUCUCUCGUGUUGAUGGGCGGCACUGUCUUGGUGAAACUGCUCUGCUGGAUUUGGUGUCGCUUGAUCCCUAGUCCAAGCGUUCAGGUUCUUGCUCAGGAUGCCAUGACUGACGUUGUAUUCAAUACUUUCAGUAUCAUUUUCCCGUUAAUCGGCACAUUUGCGAAUCUUUGGUACUUAGAUCCCCUCGGUGGUCUUUUCCUUUCCCUGUAUAUCAUGUGGAAUUGGGGCGAGACCGCUGCCGAAUACAUUCGGCGAUUGACAGGUGCAGCUGCAACCCGUGAUGAUCAUAGCAUUCUGCUGUACAUGACCAUGCGCUUCUCUCGCGUCAUUCUCAAGAUCCAGGACUUGAAAGCCUAUUACGCCAGCGACAAACUCAAUGUUGAAGUAGACCUCGUCGUUGAUGAAAAGAUGAGUCUGCGGGAUAGCCAUGACGUUGGCGAGAGCCUCCAGUACAUUAUUGAGAGCGUCCCCACGGUUGAUCGCGCAUUUGUGCACCUGGACUACAAUGUGUGGAAUUUACCCAGCCACAUGAAUCAGAUGGACCGAUAA